UUUCUUCCCCACCCAUCACAUUAGUUAAGAAUACGUAUGUUUUUGUUGGUUACGACUGCAUUAUUACAGCACACAUGGUCAUCAACCCAAAAACGUGUCUUUAUACCAUGCCAAAAUGACUUCCGGUAUUAUUGAUGACGCUAUCAGGAUGUAGGCGUUACUGUUUAGAUUAGCCGGUGAGCUAGCUACCUGGAGCUUUACAGCCGAGGCAACUUUCGGGAUUUUUAGAGAAUGUUUUUUAUCGUUAAUAAUAUUUUAGUCCUGCUGUAUUUACGGUGUUUCUAACAGUUUAGCUGUGUGUGUGUGAAAGAGCGAGAGAGAGAGAGAGAGAGAGAGGAUGGAGGACGACUUGGUGUGCGAGUACGACUCCACCUGGGACAGUGAGAGUGACGGAGACGAUUUGGGGACAGACAACACUACACGGCGCACGUGUCCGGACAAAAAUAAAAAAGCAAAAGCCGGUUUUUGGUCCAAUUCCUCCUCCAGAAAUCUGCGAGCAGCCAAAGACAUGCAGAACUACAGACACGGCUAUCCGAACAUCAUCGACGAGGACUGUACAGAAGACAGGAUGCCAAAUUUAAAGUUCUAUCUCAAUGAAAUCAAGUCAUCACCUGAUGACGUGUACAUCGAGACCUUUCACAGCGAGUGGAAAUCGGAUUAUAAGAGACUUGAAAGAGUUCAUUCCUACAUCCAGUGGUUGUUUCCUCUGCGUGAGCCGGGAGUGAAUUACCUGGCCACUGAGCUGACCAAGAAGGAAAUCCAGGCGUUUCAGGAAAGCGAAGAGGCAAAAAGGCGUCUGGUUGAUUCCUACGAGCUCAUGCUAGGUUUUUAUGGCAUUCAGCUGACUGACAGAGGAACCGGCGAUGUGAGACGCGCAGAGAACUGGAGGGAACGCUUCGCUAAUUUGGAAAGGAACAUGCACAACAACCUGAGGAUCACACGCAUCCUGAAGUGUCUGGGUGAACUGGGCUUCGAGCAUUACCAAGCUCCUCUAGUGCAGUUCUUCCUGGAGGAGACUCUGGUGAAGAAGAACCUGAGCAGCGUCAAGCGCAGCGUGCUCGACUACUUCCUGUUCGCCGUGCGCAACAAGCAGAAACGCCGUGACCUGCUCGGCUACGCUUUCCAGCACUUCGAGCCCAAAGACAAAUUCGUCUGGUGUCCGAGAAGAAUCCAGAAACGCUUCAAGAAGAAAGCUGAGGCAAAGAGGCAGGACUCGCCGAGCAGAAACAAGAGGGACGGAGAGAAACGAGAAGACGACGAGACGAUACGCGGCGAAGGUUCCUCCGUCGACCCAGAACCUAGAGAUGAAGGUUCUUCUGUGGAUCCGUUACCUCUGAACAAUGGCAACCACCUCGAUAACGGAGAGAUGGACAUCUCAAGUGGUGAAGUGAGCACCGUUAAAAGCGACGAAGAAGAAAAUCAGACGAAACCCGUCGAGAACACGUCGCCCAAAUCAGAUCAGGAAAUGAUCCAAGUCAAGGACGACGAUGAAGAACCCAAGAACAUUUCAUCGUCUCAGAAAGUAAGCAGUUUGGAAAAGCAAGUAUUAGAAAGCCCCAAACACAGCUUAAAGUCCUCACCGCCUUCUGAAAGGGUGGGAAAAGUUCCCAGAACCAAGGAUAAUACCGGUUUAGGAAUUUCGGAUCAUAUAAAAUCUUCAGGAGAAUCAUUUUCCACGAGCUCGCCGGAGAAACCGGAUGAAUCGGACGCGAAAGACGGAGAGAAAACAAACGGCACGGACGCUGGAGAGCUGAUGGACACCGAGCCCAGUGGUGGGGAUUCCUAAAAAUCUAAAAAUCCCUGGAUGGAAUUAGGAUCUAGAUAGGAACAAUAAUCUAAACAAUAAACUCCAUAUCAAAAACCUAAAAAUGUGAAAACUAUUCUUUGAAGAAGGGAUGAAUUUAAUUGUUGUUUGUUUGUUUGUUGAAGAUAUACAUUUCUGAAAAGCAAGCCUACCUGUAUAUGGAGACUUUAUAAGCUUGGCCUAAAUGUUCCUUUUUUUCUUUUUUCCUAUUUUUUGUUUGUUUUUGUUUUUUUUUUGCUUGUUUUUGUUCUAAUUAAAUUAUUCGGUUUGGUGGAAGGUGAUUAAAGCGGAAGGAACACGCGUCUACAAGAUGGUCAGUGUUUUAUAAUUAGCACUUUUCUCUGUUUUUUUGGGACCGUGAUGAAGAAAGAAUUGGAGUUGAAAUAUAUGAACUUGAUUCGUUGUAAGUGAUUCAGCAGACUGAUUCAUGAUUCGUCUGAGUCGUUUGGCCGAAUCGAUUCGAAUUCUGCCAGUGGAGUGUGUUUGAAAACGUGCGGUUGUUUUUGUUUUUCUUUGUUUAGUACAGUUUCGUUCUUAAAGCUGUACAACUCGGCACUUAAACGUGGGGAAAUUAUUAAAAAGAUUCAAAUUUUUUAUUUAAGAGCAAGGUGCAUAUCGACAGUAAAACCUCUCCUAUACAGUGCUGAGUCGGCGUCACUUCAUUUGAAUCAAAUAUAAAUUCGCUGGCCACUUUAUUAAGAACGGAACCCUGAAACCAGGUGAUACUGGCUGCUGUCAGGAUAACUCUGGUGUCUUGAGCGGCUCCUGAAGUCAACGUCAUGCUCAUGAAUCCAGCCGGAGACAACUCUGUGACUCCUCCUUCAAUGGGAUUAUGAGCAUUAAUUAUUCCAUGAAAAUAUUCCCCACGCUAUUACACCACCCCCACCAGCCUGCUGUGUUAAAAGGCUGGUCAGGUUCAUGGGUUCGUGCUGAUGAUGGAAAAGUUUGAUCUGACCUUCUGCAUGUUGUACUAGAUGAUGUUCCAAUCUUCUUCCAUCCAGAGUCUGUUCCCAUGAUACCCUCAGAUUCCUUCUGCUGUUGUCACCCAUCCAUGAGUUGUGCAUUCUGAGUUGCUUUUCUGCUCACCAUGGAUGUAAAGUACCCUCAUUCUAAUGUUAGGAUAUUACCUGACCUCCUUUCUACCUCCUGAUUUGAUGCAUUGCUGUGAUUGGCUGAUUGAUUAAUGAACUGAUGAGCAUGAAAGUGGGGGAGUUCCUAAUAAAGUGGCAAGCGAGAGUGUAUAUUGAGGUUAUAGAAGUGUUCCGAGAUGCAGAGCUGGAUUAUAUUGUUGAGGAUUGUUCCACAAUAAAAGUAAAAUCAUUUUCCUGUUUCUUAAGUCUUUUAAGUCCAGAAAAUCUCAGAAAACUCUGCUUGAAUUUUUUUUUUUACCAAAAAUGUUCAGGUGAAGAUGAAGAUGAAGAUGAUCAUUAUCUCUUUAUGGACAGAAGACGCAGAUUAUCGAGAGUUUAAGGACAUUUUUUUUAGGGAAACAUCCCGUUCUUGUGAAUGCUGCCUGUUGACCUGUUUUGGAAUGUACCAUUGUUUUAUUUGUUUAUUUUGUUUCCUAAAAGAAGGAAAGUAAAGAAGAAGAAAAAACUUGCAAUAUUUCCUGUGUC